AUGAUGAGAAAAAGCUCAGCACCACCUUGUUAUCUGCACAUGACCUCUCCUGAGGCAUGUGUGGCACAAAAUAAAUUAGGAAAAAAGAAGGACAGAUUAAACAAGGGCCCGGGAGUUCUGCAUUUGAAAGCAGAACUUCAGGACAGGGACACUUUCCAAAGAACCAUUUCAGGCAAAGGUCACAUGUACGCAUAUAAAAUCAUUCCUGAAAGCAGCGCCUUUGUCCCGCAGCGAUCUCCCAAAGGAGCCAUUGUCCUGCCGGGCAGCUGGCACCCUGACUUCAGCCGCGCCGCCGCGGGGCCGGGGCAGCCCGCGACCUCCCGGGACAUCCCGGCCCUGCGCAUCCGCCCGAGCCGCUCCAGCGCCAGCGCAGCUUCCACGCCGAGCUUCAGACAUGGGGAAAACAGACCCGCUGGUACGGUUAUAUCCUUAUUUGCUUUUGCCUUUGGAGUAAAUGUCUGCAUGGGAUUUACAGCAAAUCGGUUUAGGAGAUCUGAAGAAUGGGAUGAGGGCCCGAUGUCAGUCCUGUCAGAUUCCCCCUGGAUCAAUACCUCUGGCUCCUGCAAAAACAGAUGCUUUGAACUUCAAGAGGCAGAGCCUCCUGGCUGCCGCUGUGACAACCUGUGCAAGAGCUACAACAGCUGCUGCUUCGACUUUGAUGAGCUGUGCUUAAAGACAGCUCGGGGCUGGGAGUGUACCAAAGAUCGCUGUGGAGAAACCAGGAAUGAUGACAAUGCUUGUCACUGCUCUGAAGACUGCUUAAGUAGAGGAGAUUGUUGUACUAAUUACCAAGUCGUUUGCAAAGGAGAAACCCACUGGGUGGAUGAUGACUGUGAGGAGAUAAAGGCUCCUGAAUGUCCAGCAGGCUUUGUUCGUCCUCCUCUGAUCAUCUUUUCUGUUGAUGGUUUCCGUGCAUCAUAUAUGAAGAAAGGGAACAAGGUCAUGCCCAAUAUUGAAAAACUGAGAUCUUGUGGAACACAUUCUCCUUACAUGCGACCUGUUUACCCUACAAAAACAUUCCCCAACUUGUACACCCUUGCUACCGGACUCUAUCCUGAAUCACAUGGGAUUGUUGGCAAUUCGAUGUAUGACCCAGUGUUUGAUGCCAGCUUCAGUCUUCGAGGGCGAGAGAAAUUCAAUCACAGAUGGUGGGGAGGUCAACCAAUUUGGAUUACUGCAGCUAAGCAAGGGGUGAAAGCUGGCACGUUCUUCUGGUCUAUUGUCAUCCCCCAUGAGCGCAGAAUAUUAACGAUACUUCAGUGGUUAACCCUUCCAGACAAUGAAAGGCCAUAUGUUUAUGCCUUCUACUCUGAGCAACCUGAUGCUGCUGGCCACAGAUAUGGUCCUUUCAACUCAGAGGAGAGUAGUUAUGGCUCCCCUCUUACUCCGCCUAAGAGACCUAAGAGAAAGCUUCCUCCUAAGAGGAGACAGGAAAGACCAGUUGCAGCUCCAAAGAAAAGAAGAAAAGUACAUAGAGUGGAUCAAUAUUCUACGGAAACUCGUCGGAAGAAAAUGAUGGUGAAUCCCCUGAGAGAGAUUGACAAGACAGUAGGACAACUAAUGGAUGGACUGAAACAGUUGAAACUACAUCGAUGUGUCAAUGUUAUAUUUGUUGGUGAUCAUGGGAUGGAAGACACGACUUGUGAAAGAACUGAAUUUUUAAGCAACUAUCUGACUAAUGUGGAUGAUAUAAUUUUGCUGCCUGGAUCUUUAGGGCGAAUUCGCCCUAGGUCUAGCAAUAACCUAAAGUAUGACCCUAAAAUGAUUGUUGCCAACCUUACAUGUAGAAAGCCUGACCAGCACUUCAAGCCUUACCUGAAACAGCACCUGCCUAAACGCUUGCACUAUGCUAACAACCGAAGAAUUGAGGAUGUCCAUUUACUGGUGGAUCGCAAAUGGCAUGUGGCAAGGAAAGCCAUGGAUGUUUACAAGAAACCAACAGGAAAAUGUUUCUUUCAUGGAGACCAUGGCUAUGACAACAAGAUAAACAGCAUGCAGACUGUCUUUAUAGGUUAUGGCCCUACCUUCAAGUACAAGACAAAAGUGCCUCCUUUUGAAAACAUUGAACUUUACAACGUCAUGUGUGAUCUGCUUGGAUUAAAGCCUGCUCCCAAUAAUGGCACCCAUGGAAGUUUAAAUCACCUGCUGAGAGCCAAUGUUUACAAACCAACUGUGCCAGAUGAAGUUGCUAAACCACUGUAUCCUGUAGCUCUACCUUCUGCGUCAGAUUUUGAUAUAGGAUGUACAUGUGAUGAUAAGAAGAACAAGCUGGAUGAACUCAACAAGCGCUUUCAUGUAAAAGGAACAGAAGACAAGCAUCUUUUAUAUGGACGCCCUGCAGUACUGUACCGCACAAAAUACAAUAUCUUGCAUCACCACGACUUUGAAAGUGGCUAUAGUGAAACAUUCCUGAUGCCUCUGUGGACAUCCUACACUAUUUCCAAACAGGCAGAGGUAUCGGGUGUCCCGGAGCACCUGGCCAGCUGUGUGAGGCCCGACCUCCGCAUUUCUCCAGGAAACAGCCAGAGCUGUGCUGCCUACAGAGGCGACAAGCAGCUCUCCUAUGGAUUCCUUUUUCCUCCUCAAUUAAGUUCCUCUGCAGAAGCAAAAUAUGAUGCUUUUCUAAUAACAAAUAUCAUUCCAAUGUAUCCUGCCUUCAAAAAGGUAUGGAACUAUUUCCAAAGGGUUUUGGUGAAGCGAUAUGCCACUGAACGAAAUGGAGUCAAUGUUAUAAGUGGACCAAUCUUUGACUAUGACUAUGAUGGCUUACAUGACACACCUGACAAAAUAAAACAGUUUGUGGAAGGCAGUGCAAUCCCUGUUCCGACGCAUUACUAUGCCAUCAUAACCAGCUGCUUAGAUUUCACUCAGCCAGCUGACAAGUGUGAUGGACCACUCUCUGUUCUCUCAUACAUCCUUCCCCACCGGCCUGACAACGAUGAGAGCUGCAAUAGCUCAGAGGAUGAGUCAAAGUGGGUUGAAGAUCUCCUUAAGAUGCACACUGCGCGUGUCCGUGACAUUGAACAGCUCACUAGCUUGGACUUCUUCCGAAAGACCAGCCGCAGCUACACAGAAAUCCUCUCCCUAAAGACAUACCUGCAUACGUUUGAAAGUGAAAUUUAGCUUUCUAACCUUACUCAGUGCAUCCUUUUAUCAACUGGUGUAUAUUUUUAUAUUGUUUUUAUAUUUAUUAAUUUGAAGCCAGGACAUUAAAAAUAUUAGUAUUUUAAUCCUGUAUCAAAUCUUAAAUGUUAAACCUUUGUGUCAUUUGUUUUGUUUCUCUUAAUGUUUAAUAUAGGUAUGUCUCUUGGUUGAUUUAGUAGUGCUUGUAAUACUGCAUUUUGAGUCCUUACUCUGAGCUUUUAAGUGGUGCUGCAAGGUUUGAUGCGUGCAUCAAGGAAAUAUUAAUUUCUCAUGCUCCUUUACCACACUUGUAGUCCUGUACUGUGUAUCAAAAUACUGAACAUGUAAAAUUACACUCAUUUACUGAUAACUGUGUGACAGAGAUAUUUAAACACUAUAGGCAAAUAGCAUCUUAAAUAUAAUAAACCACACAUUCAGUUUUUUUAAUGUGUUUUGAUUUCCUUUCACAGGGAUGUUCAGAGGGGCUUGCGGGCAGCUGAGUGCUGACAGAUCUCUUACUGGGUAGAGCCCUUCUCAAGAGCUUAGGUUUUCUGGUAAGAGGAGUGCCAGGGGCCCAGGUGCCCUGCCCUAGUACUCUGCAAUGACACAAAAAAAAAGACACCCACAGCAGUCAUUACUGGUUAGGCUUUGCUAUAGGGGGAGAGCUGGAAUGGGAGGAUGCUUGCUGCCAUGAGCUAGCAGGGGUACCCCAUGCCUGACAUCACUUGGCUCUGCUUCCGAACUGUGGAAAGGAUUUUUUAUAGAAGUCAUAUGUUAUGGAGCAUUAGUGUUAGUGUACCUAGAUGAUGUAAAAGAGAAAUUAUUGUUUAGAAUGCCUUUGAGGCUGAACCCACUAAUGACAUUAUUGUAAAGCCUUCAUUUGGGCUUACACAUUUCCCUCUCUCUAUGAAGUUGUGUCAUUUUUCUCCUUGAGGACUGCAGUUGCUGAAGGGAAGAGGGAAGGGCUGGAAAGCAUCUCAGCCAUGUACACAGAUGAGUACCCAGGCUCUCCUAAGUAAAAUUAAUCUAGUGCAACAGCAACUUGCAUCCCAGUAGCAUCCAUCUAAGAGAAAGCAGUAAACUGGAAUUAAUCAUGUUGACAUAGAUAAUAAAGUUCUUGUAAUCAGACAAAAAUUUAUUAUUCUGUCUGCCUAAUUCUGUUUAAUUUAAUAAAGCGCGAAACUUGAAUACUUUGUAAUACCUCCAGAAUAUUAGGAUGGAAAUUCUAAUAACUGCACAAAGCUACGGGAAACAUCCUAUUCUUGCAACUUAAAAAUUGUCUCUUGUGGUUGUCUGGUAGCACAGAAAUAUUUUCCUGUAAGCUUUCAGCAGGGCUUUUUGCCAUGAUAAACUUUAUGUUCUUACAUGUACUACAAAGGGUAUUUCCUUUGGAUUUAAAAGAACUUUCUCUUAAGACCUAAUUCCUUCAACAUGAACUUUAGUGAUGAUUUAAUGUGGUAGUUCAUAAAAUAAACUAAAGACCACCA